AGGAGUUGGUGCACGGACAAGUUUGCAUGGUUGUGGUCUGAAGUUGGUGGACAACAUGGGCGUCUUCCUCCUUGCUGGCGUUCUUCAGCUUCUGCUCAUCCCCGCUUUAUCGCUGACUCAGCCUGUUCACGAUUACUGGGGCGAGUUCGGACCAUAUGGACCCUGCAGCCGGACCUGUGGCACCGGAGUCUCCAUGAGGACCAGGAAGUGCGUCACCUCCAGAAUUGAUGGGGGACACAACUGCAUGGGAUCCUCCAAGUCGUACCGCAUCUGUAACACACAAGAAUGUCCAGCCGGCUCCAGGGACUUCCGCGAGGAGCAGUGUGCCCAGUUUGACCGCUCGGACUUCCAGGGCAAAUACCACACAUGGGUGGCCUACUAUGGAGCGUCUAACCCGUGUGAGCUGAACUGUGCGCCCAGAGGACAGAACUUCUCCUACAGACACAGACCGACAGUGGUGGACGGGACCAAGUGCUACAGGGGACGCAAUGACAUUUGUAUAGAUGGAGUCUGCAGGACCUACAGCCGCGGGGAGAUCAUGGGUCUGGACGAGGGUGACUCAAACACGGUUUUCUCCUCUGCUCAAGUGGUGGUUUCCCCUCAGCCCAGAGAGACCUACACCUACGUCUACAAAAUUGGCGCGUACGGUCCGUGCUCUGCCACCUGUAACGGGGGCAUGCAGUACCGCGCUGUGGAGUGCUGGAUCCAGGACCCACAGCACCCUCGUGUGGUGGAGGAGACUUACUGCAUCAGCCAGAGGUUACAGAGACCGGCGAGUCAGCAGGCCUGCAACAUGCGCCCGUGUGCCGCCGAAUACAGCGUCUCCAGCUUCAGCGCAUGCUCCGUGACCUGUGGGGAGGGGCAGCAGACCCGGGAGGUGCACUGCGUGGGAAUGUCAGGUGAGCGCCUGUCGGAGCACGCCUGCAGCGGCCUGACCCGUCCGGAGUCAGUGCGCACCUGCCGCCGACCCGCCUGCUACACCCACAUCACCUGGCACGUCACCGACUACGGACUGUGCACCCGCAGCUGUGGAGGAGGGGUGAGGGAGAGGAGGGUGGGCUGCUUCGACACCGACCUGCACCCGUACCCAGAGGCCCAGUGUGGAGCCGAGAGCAGACCCCAGACUAUAGAGUCCUGCAACACCCAGCUCUGCCCAGACCCCCAGAGGGUCCCAAGUGUCCAAGAUCCCAGGACACAUGAAACCACCAUGCGAGGAUUUGUCCCCCAUGUCCCCGAGAAUCCCACAGCGUCUGGGCCACAUGUAAACAGAGUCGACGUCUACCCUCCUGUGGCGGUCCCGCGCUGCGCCCAGACCUACUACGGCUGCUGCCCCGACGGCCAGACCCCCGCCUCAGGGCCCAGGUACGGGGGCUGCUACCACGACGACUGCGUCAGAUCCAGAUAUGGAUGUUGUCUGGAUGGAGUGACGCACGCCCAAGGCUUUGGAAGAGCAGGCUGCCCUGAGUACCAGACUACAGAGCCUACACCGCCUCCCCCUCCUCGCCCCGCAGCGCCCUCUGCUGACGACGUGUGCUCCCUGCCUCGAGACGAAGGGCCCUGCGACACGUGGAAAGUGCGCUUCUACUACGACUCGACCGCGGGCAAAUGCACCGAGUUCUGGUACGGCAACUGCCAGGGCAACGGCAACAACUUCCUGAGCAUGGAGGCGUGCCAGAGACAGUGUGGGCACCUGAGGAGGGACGCUCCUGCACCCCGAAGAGGAUCCCCCCGGGUCACAGCAGGGCGGGCGCGGGCAUAAGGCAACACUGUGAAAAAUGCAUCACGUACAAGUCCAUUCUUACGUUAAAGUGACAUCACAGUGGGGAAAAUUACAUGUAUGUCUAUGGAGUUUUUAAGUGCGAUGUUAUUUCCGGGUCUAUCAACUGAUUGAAAACAAUAAACGUGUCAAAUUUU